AUAUGGCUUUGCUUGCAACGAUGCUGCUGAAGAUACUUGUUUGGUUGCAAAUUAUGGUGCUACGAUUAGAUGUUCUAAACUCUGGGGAUUAUUAUGCUCAGGCUCAACCUCGAAGAAUUCUGGUGGAUACAGAUAUGGAUGGUGACGAUGUUUUUGCUCUCCUUUACCUAUUGAAGCAAAACAAGACUGAAUUCGACCUCCAGGCAAUUACUAUAAAUGCAAACGGAUGGAGCGAUGCAGGGCAUGCAGUGAAUCAUUUGUACGACUUACUUUUCAUGAUGGAUAGAGACCAUAUUCCUGUUGGUGUUGGUGGUGAAGGUGCCAUUUUGCCUAACCAUACUAUCCUUUCUGAUGUCGGAGGUUAUCUUCCCAUUAUAGACCAGAGGUCGUCCACGGCCGGGAAUUGUAGAUACAGACAGGCAAUACCAGUGGGGCAUGGAGGUCGUCUUGGAGUUAAUACAAACCAUGGCUUACGCAGAGCUUUCCUUCCUCAGGGUGACAGGAGAUAUAUACCUCUUCAACAACCUAGUACUCAAAAAGUGACGAGAGAUGCAAUAUCUGCUGGUCCUAUAACUGUAUUUCUUUUGGGUUCCCACACAAAUCUGGCCCUUUUUCUUAUUGCUCAUCCUCACCUUAAGAAAAAUAUUGAGCAUAUAUAUGCUAUGGGUGGGGCUGUUAGACCAACUUGCAACAAUCCCAACUCUUCCAAGGCAGGGCUAUGUGAAGAAGAUUUUGGCAACUUGUACCCUCAGGACACCAAUCCAUAUGCAGAAUUCAAUAUCUUUGAAGAUCCUUUUGCUGCAUACACGGUACUUCAUUCUGGUAUUCCAUUCACAUUGAUUCCACUGGAUGCAACAAGAACAAUUCCUGUUGAUGAGAAUUUUUACUUAGCAUUUGAAAAUAAACAGGACACAUAUGAGGCACAAUACAGCUUCAAGACAUUGAAAAUUGUCCAUGAUACAUGGCCUAACAGUGACUUUUAUAAGCAAUAUUGCAUGUGGGAUUCGUUCAUGGUUGGUGUAGCACUAUCUCAAAUGCGUAAUUCACAUGGAGAAAAUGAAUUUGCGGAGAUGGAGUAUAUGAAUAUCACAGUGAUUACUUCCAAUGAACCUUAUGGAACUUCGGAUGGUUCAAAUCCACUCAUCGAUUGGGGUUCAUCAAACACAAUCUUCAAAAUUGAGAAGAAUGGGGUACAUGGUGGUCAUGUUCAGCUAGGAAUGCAAGACCAGUUUUGUCUUGUGGAGGGGGGACAUAAAGGGAAAUGUCAGGAUGGUUACACAAAGGAGGUAAAUGGUACUGAAGCAGUGGAAAUUCUUGUUGCUACCAUAGCUAAACCAAAUCAAGAUAGUGGCAGUUCACUUGGCAAAGAGUUCUACAAAAGUUUCUUGGAUGUUUUGAAUCAACCUGAGCAAACUGGGCGGUUUAAUAUAACAACACAAUUCCCAUACUAUGAGGAGAUCCUUUACAAACCAGAUAUGAGAAAAUUAAAGGGCAAACCUGUAGUCUUUGACAUGGAUAUGAGCGUUGGAGACUUUGUGGCUCUUUUAUAUAUGCUAAAAUUACCUGCAGAGCUGAUCAACCUCAAGGGGAUACUAAUCAGUGGAAACGGCUGGGCAACUUCUGCAACAGUAGAUGUAGUAUAUGACAUACUUCAUAUGAUGGGCCGUGAUGAUAUUCCAGUUGGUCUUGGAAAUGUAUAUGCAGUUGGCCAUGCUCACCCAUUUUACCCUGCAAUUGGACACUGUAUGUAUAGCAAAGCAGUGCCUCAAGGUAGUGGUGGCUUCUUGGACUCUGACACAUUAUAUGGACUUGCUCGUGACUUGCCUCGUAGCCCUAGAAGAUACACAGAAGAUACUGAUAACCCUGAACUUACAAAGCGAACUGCAUUAGAUGUUUGGAAGUCCAGUGUAAAAUCACUGAAUCCAGGAGCUAAGAUUACUAUACUGACCAGUGCUCCACUGACAAAUUUAGCUGAAAUUGUUCGUUCUGAGAACACAUCAGUGAUCCAGGAUAUAUACAUUGUUGGGGGACACAUUAGACAGGACAAUGAGAAAGGCAAUCUUUUCACUGUUCCUUCAAAUGAAUAUGCAGAAUUCAACAUUUUUCUUGAUCCUUUAGCUGCAAAGACAGUUUUUGAUUCGAAACUAGAUGUCACAUUGAUUCCAUUGCAUAUACAAAAGCAAGUCAGUUCUUUCCCCAAGAUUCUUAAUAAUUUGAAGCUGGCAAAUAGGACUCCCGAAGCUUUAUUUGUGCAGCGUCUGCUUUCGAGGCUAUGGCGAUUGCAACAGAACAAUAAUAGAUAUCUUCAUGUGGAUACAUUUCUUGGAGAAAUCCUGGGUGCAGUGAUCUUGGCUGGCAAUAAUCCUGAACUAAACGAAGAAUUUAACUAUAAGCUUCUCAAGGUCAUAGCAGAGGGAGAUAUAUCAGAAAUUGGACAGCUUAUAAUUGAUGAAAAUCAAGGAAAAAGAGUCAAAGUAUUGAAAAAUGUAAACGAAGACGCAUAUUAUGACCAUUUUACUGGAGUAUUUGGUGAUCAUAAGCAGUCUGCUGUUAUAGGAAGCUUUUGGGAGCAAAAAAUAAUUUGGAGUAAUAGUCUAAGUUCAAAUAAUUCGCACUGAUACUAUUUAAGCAUUAUCUUGUUUCUACUUCUUCAUGCAGAUCAUCUUCAUGUUAUGUAACAAAUAAAAUUUUUUUUAAACUGCACAGAAAGAUUGAUUCUCUAUAUACACAGAAAAUUUAAUCAGCUUAUUGAUUCUUUAUAUACAGAAAAUUUAUUCUGUUUAUUGA